AUGGCUUCUGCAAACAUCGCCCUCGUGCCCUCCCCGGCCUCGUUCAACGGUGCUCCUUUCCUCUCGGAGCUGCCCCAGCUACCCAUCCUCGCCGGCACAGAUACCAAGCGUGCUCCUCUCGACAGCUUCCGAAUCGCCAUUGCCCAGCAUGUCUCUUCGUCGCUCGACGUGGACAUCAACGCUGCGCACGCUGCUGUCGGUACGGGCAAAGUAGGCGACUACACGGUUGCUGUGCCUCGAUUCAAGCUGCCGGGCAAGCCCAACGAGAUCUCGGAGAAGGCGGCUGCAGCUUUUAAGCCCAACGAGUUCCUGUCCAAAGUCGAGGCAAAGGGUCCCUUCUUGCACUACUUUUUGAACGACAAGACGCUCAUCAAGCUCACGCUGCAAACCGUCCACGUCAUGACCCACGGCUACGGCGCUCCCCGUGACGAGCACGGUAACACCCAGCCAAGCUAUGGCACCAACCGCGACGGCGAGGGCAAGAACAUCAUCGUCGAGUUUUCCUCGCCCAACAUCGCCAAGCCCUUCCAUGCCGGCCACCUGCGUUCCACCAUCAUCGGCGCCUUCCUCGCCAACCUGUACAAGGCCAACGCCUGGAACGUACAGAAGUACAACUACCUCGGCGACUGGGGUAAGCAGUUUGGUCUGCUUGCCGUGGGUUGGAAGCUGUUUGGCGAUGAGCAGCGGUUGCAGGACGACGCUGUCAACACCUUGUUCGACGUGUAUGUCAAGGUCAACCAGCUCGCCAGCGUGGAGGAGGACGGCCAGGGUGAGAAGAUCCACGAAGAGGCCCGUCGAUACUUUAAGGGCAUGGAGGACGGCGACGAGGAGUGCCUGGCUCUGUGGCAGAAAUUCCGCGACCUUUCCAUCAAGAAGUACAUCGAGGUCUACGAGCGACUCAACAUCACAUUCGACGUCUACUCGGGCGAGUCGCAGGUCAAGAAGGAGAACCUCGCAAAGUCGCUCGAACAGCUGAAAAAGCUGCCCUUUGUCACACGCGAAGAGAACGGCGCCCUCUUGGCCGACAUGACCGCUUACAAACUCGAGAAGGCCGUCAUCGAGCGCAAGGACGGCACGCCGCUCUACAUCACCCGAGACAUUGCCGAGGCGGCUCAGCGAUUCGACAAGAGCUUCGGCGGGAAAGGGUUUGACAAGAUGAUCUACGUCGUCGCUUCGCAGCAGGACUUGCAUCUUGCGCAGUUCUUCAAAGUGCUCGAGAUGAUGGGCUACCCGUGGGCGCAGAAAGAGGCCUCGCGUCUGCUGCACAUCAACUUUGGUAUGAUCCUGGGCAUGUCGACGCGAAAGGGAACCGUGGUGUUCCUGGACAACAUCCUCGACGAGACGCGCGACAAGAUGCACGAGGUCAUGAAGGCCAACGAGGCCAAGUACGCGCAGAUCGCGGACCCGGAGCGAACCGCCGACAUUGUGGGCAUGACCGCGGUCAAGAUCCAGGACAUGGCGUCGAAGCGCAUCAACAACUACAACUUUGACUGGUCCCGAAUGCUCUCGUUCGAGGGCGACACGGGGCCGUACCUGCAGUACAACCACGUGCGCCUCUGCUCGGUGGAGCGCAAGGCCAAAGACUCGGACGGCCUCGAACUCCCCGCCGAGGAUCUCGACCUGUCGAGCAUCAACCUCGACCUCAUCAGCGAGCCCAAGGCGCGCGACCUGAUCCUACUCAUUGCCCAGUGGCCCGACACGGUCAAGGCGGCCAUGAAGGACCACCAGCCCUCGACAAUCGUGACGUACGCAUUCCGAUUGACGCACCUUAUCUCGAGCUGUUGGGAGUUCUUGUUGGUCAAAGGGCAGGAGAAGGAGCUGGCGCUCGCGCGUCUGUUUGUCUUCCGCUGCUGCAAGGACGUGCUGGGUUCCGCGCUGCGUUUGCUGACGAUCACUCCGCUGGAGCGUAUGUAA